CGCCAUGUUAGAUAGUCGUCACUGGUUGACAGGGACUGGGAGGUGAUCGGACCUGUUGACGUGGGCGUGGCCGUAGCGCACACACAACACGCGGUUUGUCAACUCGGAGGGUCUAACGGAUCUAGACCGUGACGUAUGGACUUCAGUGUGACGACCACGUGGGACGGCGAGAGUGUCACACAUCCCCCUGUCAGGAUCAAGCUCUCCGCACAUGAAGAUGGGUGUCUCAUGACAGUACGCGCCCCACUCUUCAAUGACCCCCCUGCCCCGCCCAGGGAGAGAGGGGCACCUGUUCCAGGACUGUGGGACUAUGAAGUUGUGGAGGCGUUCUUCUUAAAUGACCAUGAUGAAUAUCUAGAGGUGGAGUUGUGUCCACAUGGACAACAUUUGCUGCUUCUUCUGAAGGGUCGUCGCAACAUUGUCCAGGAGCAGCUCCCCCUACAGUUCACCGCCAACAUUGACGGCGACACAUGGACAGGGGAGACAACUCUCCCUCGCAGUUACUUCCCCUCUUGUGUGACACGGUUCAAUGCGUACGCCAUUCAUGGCUCGGGGGACAAGCGGGUGUAUGAAGCUCUGUAUCCUGCCACCAAAGGGCAGUUUACAGAUCCAGACUUUCAUCGCCUCGAGUUCUUCCAGAACAUCGACAUGUCCUCCGUCCUUAAGUCUAACACCAAGGGAUACACGUCGGAUAUAUGGAGCAAGCACACAGAGACGGGGUCAUGACCUCCACACUCACUACCUCACUCACUCACUCAACGGGGAUAAGAUGCAUUUAGUGACCUAGGAUUGAGCCAGUGGUGACACAGUUAGCUCACAAGGAUCAGCGUAACAUUGUCAGAGUGUUUGGUCAACACUGCCUUGAACACUGUUUAAAUAAUAUCACAGCAUGUCAGGUUUAUCGGGGAGAUGGAUGCGGGUCUCAGAUGUUGUCCACUUUGAUGCAUCCCAUGAGCUGGGGCUGCCUUAUCACAAGCAGGAGGAACAUUAGGACAAGGAUGUUAUCUGCCUAUAAAAGUCCAGUUGGCGGUACACAUGCUUUGCAAAUCCUGCAGUCAACCGAAAUCUGCACAUUGAAAUUCAUGUUGUUUAUGAACUGGAUGUCUAGUUUGUUACCUAAUUUUGAUUGGACUGU